UCGGCGGCGGCUUCGGCUUCGGCGGCGGCGGCGGCGGCUGGGGCUCGGCGGUGCGGAGGAGGGGCCCGGCUCGGCGGACGAUGGCGGAGAAGCUGAAGCACGACGGGCGCGUGAAGAUCGGCCACUAUGUGCUGGGCGACACGCUGGGGGUCGGCACCUUCGGCAAAGUGAAGAUUGGAGAACACCAGUUGACAGGCCACAAAGUGGCAGUCAAAAUCUUAAAUAGACAGAAGAUUCGUAGUUUGGAUGUGGUUGGAAAAAUCAAACGAGAGAUUCAAAAUCUAAAACUCUUCCGACAUCCCCACAUUAUCAAACUAUACCAAGUCAUCAGCACCCCAACUGAUUUUUUUAUGGUAAUGGAAUAUGUGUCUGGUGGUGAAUUAUUUGACUACAUCUGUAAACAUGGACGGGUUGAAGAGACAGAGGCUAGAAGACUCUUUCAGCAGAUUCUUUCUGCUGUGGAUUAUUGUCACAGACACAUGGUUGUUCACCGAGACCUGAAACCCGAGAAUGUGCUGCUGGAUGCCCACAUGAAUGCCAAGAUUGCCGACUUUGGUUUAUCAAAUAUGAUGUCAGAUGGUGAAUUUCUGAGAACGAGCUGUGGGUCUCCAAAUUAUGCAGCUCCUGAAGUCAUCUCCGGCAGGUUGUAUGCGGGGCCCGAGGUGGACAUCUGGAGCUGCGGCGUGAUCCUGUACGCCCUGCUCUGUGGGACGCUGCCCUUCGAUGACGAGCACGUCCCCACCUUGUUUAAGAAGAUCCGCGGUGGGGUCUUCUACAUCCCGGAGUACCUGAACCGCUCCAUCGCCACUCUGCUCAUGCACAUGCUGCAGGUGGACCCUCUGAAACGGGCCACCAUCAAGGACAUCAGAGAACACGAGUGGUUUAAACAAGACUUACCCAGUUAUUUAUUUCCUGAAGACCCUUCCUAUGAUGCAAAUGUCAUUGAUGAUGAAGCUGUGAAGGAAGUGUGUGAAAAGUUUGAGUGCACGGAAUCUGAAGUGAUGAACAGCCUGUACAGCGGAGACCCCCAGGACCAGCUCGCCGUGGCUUACCACCUCAUCAUCGACAACCGGCGCAUCAUGAACCAGGCCAGCGAGUUCUACCUGGCCUCCAGCCCGCCCACGGGCUCCUUCAUGGACGACAGCGCCAUGCACAUUCCCGUCGGGCUGAAGCCGCACCCCGAGCGCAUGCCGCCCCUCGUCUCCGACAGCCCCAAAGCCAAGUGCCCCCUGGACGCCCUGAACACGACCAAGCCCAAGUCUCUGGCUGUGAAAAAGGCCAAGUGGCACCUGGGCAUCCGUAGUCAGAGCAAACCCUACGAUAUUAUGAACGAGGUCUACCGGGCCAUGAAGCAGCUGGAUUAUGAAUGGAAGGUGGUGAACGCUUAUCAUCUUCGAGUGAGAAGGAAGAACCCUGUGACCGGCAAUUAUGUGAAAAUGAGCCUUCAGCUGUACCAGGUGGACAAUCGAAGUUACCUUUUGGACUUCAAGAGUAUUGACGAUGACCUCGCGGAGCAGAAGUCCGGCUCGUCCACGCCCCAGCGCUCCUGCUCUGCUGCCGGCCUACACCGACCGAGGCUGAGCUUCGAUUCGACCACGGCCGACUGCCAUUCUCUCGCUGGAUCCCUGACGGGCUCCUUGACGGGGAGCGUGCCUUCGGUAGCGCCACGCCUGGGCAGCCACACCAUGGACUUUUUCGAAAUGUGCGCCAGUCUGAUCACUACAUUAGCUCGCUGACGAUGGCUCAUCCCCAGUCUCUGUCCUUGUGUUAUUGCACUGUGAGAAUCAAAUCUGUCUUUUUAAAUUAUUAUCUCCUAUUCUGGAUAUCUUAUACACCAUAAUCCGAACGGAAAGUUGUAUUUCCCAGGGACACCCACUUCCAGAUUGAUCAUUGAGUAGACUGAUAUUUUAUCUAUUUUGCUCAUGGAGAAGUCACAUAGGUAAUAUGUUUGAUAGGUGAAUAGGAAUGAAAGUGAUUGUGGUUUUAAAGUAGAAAAUCCGUGUGUAAGCGACACCAUCCUUCCGAAGCUGUAGCCUUAAUUAUGGGGAUUCUGAAGCAUCAUUUCACUGUAGUCUUUGACAUGGGUACAUCAGGGUGACUCUGCACAACCCUUGCUAGGUGGUGAGGUAUUUUUAGCCCUCCCACUUACCUCCAGUUUACUAUAUAAUAAGUACUUAUUGAGCACCUACUGUAUGCACAGUUGUAGGCAGAGUCCAACAAGACUUUUUGUUUUUAUAAUCUGUCCUGUAGUCCUUAGUCUGGUGUUGAGAGUGUGAGAGGAGAGAGCUAGCCAAAGAAUUCCAGGGUCAAGAUUCUCCUUAUCUAGAUGCGGCGGCCCAUGCGGGGCAGCAUGGCGAGUUCAUGGUUCUUCUGCAGCAGGUUUCCGUCGUUCUCGGGAAGUCACUGUUUUGGAAAAGGUCCUUGGAUCACCUUUGCACACCCACCUCAGGGCUUUUGAUAUCUUAUCUUUCCAGAGUGCUGAUUUCAUUUUUGAACCUUUUUUUUUCUUUUAAAAAUUUUCAAGGUUUAUAGGAUGCUUAGAAUUAUUCCCAUUUUGCUUUUUAGGUUUGUUUCUCCACCCCUCCCACCAAGUUUUCCCCUUUCUCCGAGACAAACUGAUAUUUGCUUUAUUCUUCUUUUCUAAUUUUUAAUAAUAAUGAAAUAGACCCUUAAAUGAGAGAGCAACCACUCUAAAAAAGAAAGCACUUACCUCUGGUCACACAUUGGACCGCAUUAGGAACUCUGAAUUCCAUCAAGUCAGCUCUUUGUUUCAAGUUUGAUUUCUUUCUCUUCCUUCCCCUUUCUUCCCACCAUACUUUUCUUUAUGAUUUCAUUUCUCCUCGAUACUGGAUUGAGCUUUUACAUCUUUCUGAAGAUCUAAAUUUGGUUAUUACCCUUUUAAUCAAAAACAUAAUUCCAACCUUCUGAGCUUCAGGUUUGGAAUAAGCUGUGACCUUCGCUGUGGAAUGGAUAGGGAAGGGACACUCUGACCCAUUUUGUUCUAUCAUUACAUCUCUAUAUCUGAUAUAGAUAUAGAUAUACACACAGUAGAUGUAUGUGUAUAUUACAUUGGAGUGUUUACUUUCCCUUUUUAAAGAAGAAAAAAAGUAAUUUCUUUCUCUGGCUCACCCCUGUAUCUACUUUUUCUUUCUUUUUAUUCAGUGCUUCCGUCUGAUACUGAGAAUGCAUCUUUCACCUAACUCAUCCAAGAUAUAAUACUUAGUAUAAAUUAUAAAAUUACAAGCAUCCGACAGUGAGCUGAAACGUGGCAUUGCUUUUAGGGAUUAUGUCUGUCAGACAUCUCGCGUUCUCUGCCAAGAACCAAAUGAGGAUUUGAUAUCCCUUUUCCAUUCUAAAAAUGGUGCAUUUUUUAUUCUGAAAUAUUAGCCAAGUCGGGAAUUAUUAUGGAUUAACAAUACAGCAUGUUGUUUUGUAGGAUUUUUUAAAAUGCUUUAAAUAUUUUGUAAAUGAUUUGAUUUUUAGAUUCAAAUAUGGGCUUUUUUAAUGCAAAAGUGAACAAUAUUGUUAUUACUACUGUUUUUUUUUAAAUUAUUAUUUUGGUUAAUUAGAGAGCUGCUGGAAAGUCCACCAUCUAGUGGCAAUUGAGCGUAAUUGUUUCCCCUUCAGUGGUUACUGGGCAUGAUUCAGGCUUGCUUGCUCCAGUGAGAGAGGAAGGUCUUUCCUACUCCUGUACAUUUCAGAUUCUAAAUGGACAACUUUGCUUUUUGGAGGAAAAGUUGCCAUAUUUCACACACGGCUGCGGGACAAGCCUCGUGGCUGUAAAAUGCUAGAAUAGGAAAUGAGUCCAAUUAACACCCAAACCUGGAGGAGUUCUGAAUAUGGAAAUCUACAAAACAGGGCCAGUCCCCACCCAGCCAACAUGUGUCAGAGCUGGGGCAAGAGGGAGAGCCCUUUUUCAGAAGGGCUCACGUGGUAUUGUAGGAGCCCACACCACUGCCUGCAAGGGACUGUGGGCCGUGAAAGGAGGCCGCGGCAGAUUGGGGAGGGGGUGCCUGGAAAGGCCCGAGCUAAGAGCCGGAUCUGGCGGAGGCCAGGAGGGAACACGUCCCAGGCUUGAGAGACAGGACUGCUAUCAUAUUAGUGCACAUAUUACGGUGCACCCGCUACUCUAGACUUCGACCAAGUUUGUUCACAUAAAAUCGACUUUAAAAUGGGUUGUGGAUAUUGGUUUUAGCACUUUUGGAAUAUAUUUUCUUUAUGAACAUCUCAUUUUUUUCGCUCUCAUCUACCUAAUCAUGAAAUACUUAGCUGUUUUAAGGUACUCCAAGCAGCAGAAACAGCAUUGCAAUUGGAUUUCAAGAACUGAGGCCCAAAUCUCAAAUUUUUUUACUUAUUCUCUGCACCAUCGUCUUGGGCAAAGCCCUAAACCUCUGUUUAGACUAUUGUUUCCUCAUCUGAAACAGAAGGGAUUUGCUUGCUGAGGGUCCCUCUGGGUUUAACUCCUAUACCCUUUGAAUCUUUGGGAAAUUGUUCUAAGUCUUAUGGACGGUGUAACAACCCAUUAAUCCUUGAUUUUAGGGUGAGACCAUCCAAUGAGAUUCCUAGUAUAGAUAAUCAUAAUGGGACUUCCUAAGAAUUAGCUCUGUUGUCCAAUUAUAGGAAAGAAGGAGAGCACAUGAGCCACCAGCCUCACCUUUUACUCCGUGAGGAAUAUGGUCUUUUUUACCCAGUCCUUCUUAUACUUGAUUUUUGUGGCAGUCAGUCUGGAGCAGAGCAGUCCCUCGGAGGUAACCCAAAUUCUGACUCCUGAGGGCAACCAGACUAGAGUUCAGAAGCAGAAGGCUUAGACCCCUUGACCUCAAUGAUAAAGUACCAGUCUCUCUGGUCCUGGAGUACCUAGAGUACUCCAGGACAUUACUGUCCUGGGGAAUGAUGAUAAGGCUUUUGGCUUUGUCCAGUCUUGGUUGCUCUUUUCCAUUAGAGAUGAUCUUCUCAAUCAGAUUCAAUUUGAAUUUAUUACAGAAUCUUAGUAUCAUAAAAAAUUUUUGACUUGAGUUCUUGCUGGACUAAAGAAUUAAUACAGAUUCACAGAUAUUGGAAUUAUGAUUAUGUAUGGAACUGGUGACUCCUUAGUGACUUUUUUUGUUGUUGUUGUUGAGACAAUUGGGGUUAAGUGGCUUGCCUAAAGUCACAUGGCUAAGAAACAUUAAGUGUCUGAGGCCAGAUUUGAACUUGGCUCCUCCUGACUUCAGGACUGCUGCUCUAACCACUGUUCCACCUAGCUGUCCCUCAUUAGUGACUUUUAAGGUCUUCAGGGGGAAGAUAACUUCUUACUCACUGGGGAUGCUAUACAGGAGACUCUUGCUUGAAGUAAGGGUUGGACCAGUGGACUUUUGAAGUCCCCUUUGCCUCUGUUUAUCACACGUCAUCUUUUUAACCAAAGAGAAUCUUGUUCAAGUGUGGAAUCAAAUCAUCAUUUCAGCCAAUAACCAACAAGUGAUCUAUUGCAUCCAGACAUCCCCAAUGUUUUCUUUUCUUCCUUCUCAAGUCGUUUUAUAUAAUUGGUCAAACCUUAUCCACGACUUAGGAGUGGAAAGUUCAUGAGGAUGUGGCCCUCAGAAGUCAGUAAAUGUUUGCAUCUGGAAGAAUGUACUGGCCUGAGCCCAAGGGUAACCUGGCUCACGAAUAAGGGGAUUGAAAUAACAAUGAGGAAGGGACCCAGUUCCAUUCAGCAGCCAAAGCCGGACAGUUCAGGCUUUAGCCGGCUGCAGGCGGCAGUCCCGUGUCAGGUUGUUGGCUGCGUGAAGCACAACUUUCCAGUGAUGAUAAUAGACUGGAAAUAACAUUUCCAUAAUGUAUGGGGAGGCAGCGUGAAUUGGGAAUAGCCUGGAAACCAGAAAGGCCUAGAUUUGGGUCCUCCCCUUGAUCCACACUGACUGGCCAGUCUCUUAAAGUCUCAGUUACUCAGGUUACUCUAAGACUAAUAAACUGCAGAACAGAAGCUAAUUUACAUUGGAAGAGGGAGUUUCUUUACCGGCCACCAAAGCAGUCACGGAUCUGGUCUCCAAACUGCAGAGACCCAUCCAUAGAAAUACCAUACUUGAUGAUUUACGAUACACUGUCACAUGCUCUCCUAAUUCAUCGAUGUGUAAAUUGUCCCCGGGAAACAUGUAAUCCUUGUGACUGUUUUGUCCAGCCAGCCUAUACUCAGGAAAUACAAAUUACUUUAAAUAUUAGCUUAGGCAGGGCGUAUCUCGGAAAGUAAAUUUGACUUGACAUAAUAGGAAAUGAUCAUCAGGCAUUCCGUAGCCAUAAAUGAGUUUGGAUCAGUUGCUCUUCGAGUUAAUCUGUAUUUUCCAUUAGUGUAUAUAACCAAGCGAGCUGAGUCUCAUGUUUACGUGUCACCUUCCAUCCUUGAAUUUGAUUUUUUCCCCAAGGAUGACUUACAUUCAUCCUUUAAAAUUACUUAGCUACCAUAGAAAUCACACCUUCGCUCACCAGUUAACACUAUGCUCGGCUAGGAGUGGAGAACUCUUACAAAAGAAGAGAGAGAUUUUUAUUGGUGGCUUUUCCUUUCCCAAAUUCUUUCCUCUCUAAGAGCAAAGAUCUAGGACCUAAUGCAAGACCUACCCCCUCUGGUCUGUCGUUUCUUUUCUCAUGAAACCUAUAACCAUCUCUUGUCAUGGUGAAAUUCCCUUCCUUCAACAGUUUUCCUUGGGGUAGAGUGUGUACUUUGCUGAAUAAAUUAACGAAGCACGAA